AAUUGGAUUCAAACCCGAUAAGGGAUACUGCGGGGACCUACUGCACAGCGUCGCCGCCGGGAGACCGCCGUAUUAAUGGGUACUACUCUCGGAGAAUCCAUGCCGCUUCCUGCGAUUCCCUUGACGGAGACACUCCACAAUCUCCCAGUAUCCCUUCAAUCUUCUCAAAUUCCCGGUACAAUGAGUGCGGGCUCGAAACGAGCGGCGUGUGACAGGUGCCACGGCCAGAAAAUGCGCUGCAUCCGAGAGAGUUCGCAGGCAAAGUGUAACAGGUGCCUUGUCGCCAGUGCCGAUUGCAUCUUCAGCGUCGCCAGAAAGGCGGGACGACCGCCCUCCACGCUUCCCAAAGCUAUUUCGCGCCGAAGCAGCACUGGACAGCAGCCGCUGCAGCAACCAUCUCCGGCCCGCUCCAGCUCCGGCAACUUCUCCCUCUCCAGCUCCUCGCAAGACGAAUUCGCGCGAUCGCUUCUGGAGGACUACCCCACGUCCUCCCUGUUUAGUGACGCGCUAUCAGAAUCAACGAUCCCGACGUUAGACGCGUGGAGUGACGGUCUGUCGGGCCCCGGGAACAACGAUGUCCAGGACUUCCAUGAGCUUUGGUUAUCGAACUAUCUAGCAGCGGGCACCUUUGACCAGGGCAAUGGCGACGGCCAGAUUGCUAUUGAGGCCUUUCCUCCACCUCUCACAACACCUAGUACGUAAGGUUUUGAUUCGGAUAUCUUGUGGUUUGCACCGGUUCUCUGAGGCGCGGCUCAUCUUGUAAGUUGUGUCUAUGUACACUUCUCUACCACCGUACGAGAGGCUUGAACACAUUAUCAAACUCCUCAGAUCUAUCAAUUUGACAAGUUUGAGAAGUGAGGGCCAGAUGGAUCUAGUAUCUGUCCCAGGUCGCCUUCUCUGUGACAUCUCACUAAUGUGUCUUUCAGGAGCGGGGCCUUGCGCCGGCAACGUAAUGCAGCAGCUAUCUGAGCUGAACGGCAAGCUGUUCGCACACAUCAGCGCUCGUGACGAAAACGACCAACUCACACAA